AUGAAGAUGCCAAGAUCAAGAGCAUGCAUGAUCUCGAUAAGAAGUGCCCUGUACGGGUUGCCGACAUCCGUUCCGCCCAAGGCCAACCCCCAUAUUGCUGCCUUGAAGAGAUGCUGUAAAUCUCUGUCCUCCCAUCUCCCUCCCUCUCAUCCCUCCUCACUCCCAUCUCUGUCCUCCCUUCUUCCUUCUUCUCUUCCCUCCUCACUCCCAUCUCUCUCCACCAAUCUUCCUCCCUUCUUCCUCCCUCGCUUCCCUCCUCACUCCCAUCUCUGUCCUCCCUUCUUCCGUCUUCUCUUCCCUCCUCACUGCCAUCUCUCUCCUCCAAUCUUCCUCCCUCUCUUCCCUCCUCACUCCCAUCUCUCUCCUUCCUUCUUCCCUCUGAUCCAUUCUCUCUCCAGUCCUCGUCCUACCUUCUUCCUCACUCUCAUCCCUCCUCACUCCCAUCUCUGUCCUCGCUUCUUCCUCCUCAUCCCUCCUCACUCCCAUCUCUGUCCUCACAUCUUCCUCCCUGUAAAUCCCUCCUCACUCCCAUCUAUAUCCUCCCUUCUUCCUCCCUCUCAUCCCUCCUCACUCUCAACUCUAUCCUACCUUCUUCCUCUCUCUCAUCCCUCCUCACUCUCAUCUCUGUCAUCUCGUCUCCCUCCCUCACCUUGA